AUGAUGCCUAACCUAAUCAGUACAGAUUUUCCCUUACAAUCGUUGCUUCAAACAGACGUUGAAGGAACUGUGUUCGGCGAACGACCAGCUGAAAAUGAGGCUGGUGUGCUCACGGUGGAAGAUGUUGCAUCGAAGGUUUUUCACUCGACGAUCCAAAGUUAUGGGAUUAAGGCUGGCUGUGGGUCCGAAUCAGGUGGAACAAUCUUGUUGGAAGAUGAAGCCGCAAACGACGAAUUCUUAGAAUUAAUCAUAGAGCAGCACUGGAAUAUACGACGAGUUGAAUUUCACGGUAUAGCCAUAAACAUUAGCAAUGAUAAGUUGUGCAGGUUUGUAUCCAUUCAGAACGAAAAUCCGAAUUUGUGCGACAUUCUCGUGUUUCGUGUUAAGAAUGGAAUUAUUAACGUCGGGUUUGUAUCUGACCAUCUCAUAGAAGCAUUCAAAGAAAAUAACAUCGAUUUUGACGUUGAACUAAACGAUGCUUGUAGAGCGUGCCUAUCGCGUACAUCAAUAUCCAAUUAUGCUCUACAGUCAAUUCUUCGACCAAAUAUGCGAUACCGCCUGCAAUACCCGCUCGCGUGUAAGAUAACGAUCCCUGGCAUCAAAAAAGCACUUGAGAACUUUUUUUUCACCAACUGGGAGGAGCAGAAAACCAGAACCUCAACCUUUGUUAAUGAGAAUGGUAUACUAACGACGGAGAAAGGUUACUACAGCUGUAAACUGGAGCUUCAUACCAACAACUAUAUCAGCUUAACGUCUGUCGCAUUAAUAGAGUUGGACGGCGUGGAGAGGCACUGUUUCUGCCGAUGUGGGGCACGACUAUCAAUUGAACAUCUGGUUCGUAAACUCUUAGAUGAGUCCAUUUCCUUAGACUCAGACAAUUUCUGGUAA